AUGGCCGCUGAUAUUACAGAUUGGGCUGAGCUGCGCAGCGUGUUUCAAUCCGUGCAUCAGCGGUAUCAGCGCCUUGAUUUUGUGGUCGCUAAUGCGGGCACUAUGGAGUGCGAGCCGAUCCUGCAGGAUAGUUAUGAUGCGGAUGGGAGGCUAGAAGAACCCACCGAGGCGUAUCGGACUAUAGAUGUCAAUCUCAAAGGGACCUUGAACACGCUUAAACUCGCCAUCCACUAUCUCAAGUCCAUACCGCUAGAUAGCUCCCGCUCGAUCGUUCUCGUCACCUCGACAGCAGGGUAUUUUGACGGUGCAGGGACGCUUGCGUAUACGGCGUCCAAGCACGGCGUGGUGGGCCUACUUCGGGCCUCGCAAGCAGAGGCGGAGAAACAUGAUAUCCGCGUGAACGCUAUCGCGCCGUUCUUCACGACGACACAUUUGACCUCGGGCAUCUCAGAUGCGUGGGUGCGAGCCGGACUGGAGGUGAACACACCGGAUACGGUUGCGGAGUCGAUAGAGGCGGCGCUGCUAUCGACGGAGUCCGGGCAGGGGUUUUUGAUAUCUGGUAAGUAUAUUCGCGAAUUAGAGGGCACAAGACUGGGGCUUUUGUCCUCGUGGGUUGGGGAUGACGUAGCUCAGCAUAUGGGGAGAGCAGGCGAAUUCUUCAAUAACCUCGGCGGUUAUAUCCUGCCCGGGCCUCGGACCAAAUAA